CUCCAAUCCAAUUCCCCUAAGGAAUUCUUUUUCCUCAGGUGAUUCCAUUCAAUUAUCAAUUACAUUCCCUCUCCUUUUUUCAUCAGCGUCUUUUAGUUAAUUAACUUAAGAUCUCUAGCUACUUUACAGUUACUUGCUCUCUAAUCCGACCACAACUUGAGUUAAGGGAGCGGGAAGGUUGAUUGAUUGCUCGUUUUUUUCUAUUUGCUUUGCUCAAAGUACAAAAUGCAGUUUUUCGAUGGAUAUGGAUAUCGCGGGACAUCGUUUGAGCAGACAUAUCGAUGUUACCCUGCUUCAUUUAUUGAAAAGCCACAAAUUGAAAGCGGUGAUAAAAUUAUAAUGCCUCCCUCAGCUCUUGACCGUCUUGCAUCUCUGCAUAUAGAUUAUCCAAUGUUGUUUGAGCUUCGGAAUGCUGCUGCGGAGCGGGUGUCUCACUGUGGGGUUCUGGAGUUUAUUGCAGAGGAAGGCAUGAUUUAUAUGCCAUACUGGAUGAUGGAGAACCUGCUUCUACAAGAGGGAGAUAUAGUGCGAGUGAAAAAUGUUACUCUUCCCAAGGGAAAAUAUGUUAAACUGCAACCUCACACAAAGGACUUUUUGGAUAUAUCCAACCCAAAAGCUAUCUUAGAGACAACAUUAAGGAAUUAUUCCUGCUUAACCACUGGGGAUAGUAUUAUGGUGGCAUAUAACAACAAGAAAUACUACAUAGAUAUUGUGGAAACAAAGCCAUCAAAUGCAAUAAGUAUCAUUGAGACGGACUGUGAGGUGGACUUUGCACCUCCCCUGGAUUACAAGGAGCCUGAAAAGCCUGUUGCAUCUGUUCCUCCAAGCAAGGCAACCUCCCAAGCUGAAGAGGUUCCAGCUGAGACUGAACCAAAAUUCAACCCCUUUACGGGAACAGGUAGACGCUUGGAUGGGAAACCAAUGAGCUAUCAGCCCCCACCAGUUUCAUCAGGGUCUAAAGACAAGCGACCUGCUGUUGCCAAUGACAGCAGGCAGCCUUCUCUCGGAUCUAUUUCAAAAAAUACUGCACGCCAGUCUCAGGGAAAGCUUGUGUUUGGGUCAAAUGCAAGUCGCUCUCCUAAGGAAACACAGCAGGGAGCUGGAAAAGAGACCAAACAAGAGCAGCCCAAAAAGGAAGAACGGCCAAAAUUCCAGGCAUUCUCAGGGAAAAAGUACUCAUUGAAGGGUUGAUUGUAUUUUCCAACAAUCAACGUGGUAUCCGUCAUACCUGGUCUGCCCUUUCUGGAUCAGGAAAAAACAAUAGAAUUUAUAUGUUGAUCGGAGAUGUUGUAUCAUCAAAAGAUGGAACAGUAGGUUCUCAUCUGGAAAAAGGAGUGGUGUGUUAAGCUUCAAAGUGGACUUGCAAUUGUGCCUUUUCCUCUGUAUCCUCGUGCCAGGUAGAAACAUUUCUCCGCCA